AUGACAGAGACAUUGAAUGUCCUGGUCAAUGACGGAUCAAGUGUAGGCGCUUAUACUCUUGAUCUGAUUGCGCCUACGAAGUUGACUUCGGAGAUCACUCAGUUGCCAACGCUUAAGCAUAAAAGGUUCUUGCGUGAUCUGCGUAGUGGCAAAGUCAAGCAGAUCUGCGUACUCGUCGCUGACGACGAGUGCGUAGCCGACAUAAGGUCAGCAACAAUGUUUACUGAGAACGAGAGAGUUCUCAGUAGUUCAUCGAUGGACGAGAGCGUCCUCGAUGAAAAGACACGAGCUGAGCGAUACGACUCCCAAUCGUGGGAAUCGCUCAAGAAAAAUCCUCACUAUGAAGAUUUGGUUGAAUUCAAGGAUGUAUUCCCUGAAACUGUUCCGUGCGAAUCACCGAAGGAUAAAGGUAAUCGACACGAGGUCGAGCUUAAACCAGGCUCUAAGUACUGUGUCAUGAAGCAGUGGCCACUGCCUCUUGAACAAGUACUUGCGAUCGACAAGUUCUUUGCCGAUCGUUUAGCUGCGGGCCAUGUGAGGGAAUCAACUUCCCCACAUAGCUCUCCGACCUUCUGUGUGCGAAAAGCAACAGGAGGGUGGCGGAUUGUGCAUGCAUUUAACAAGCUGAAUGCUGCAACGGUACCGGCUCAGACGCCGAUACCGAGGAAGGACGUAAUCAUUGAUGGUAUGGCAAAGAGUACCAUCUUUUCGUCCAUGGAUUUGAUGGAUGGCUUCUAUCAAAUCCUUAUGCGAGAACGGGAUAUACCCUAUACCACAGUGAGCACGCCUAGCGGCAUGCUCUGGGAAUGGCUAGUAAUGCCACAAGGGCUUAGUAAUGCCCCUGCCACGUUCAACAGAUGUGUAUCACAUCUGUCGAGACCAGUACGAGAAUUCGCGCCGAGUUAUUUCGAUGACGUAUUCAUCCAUAGUCGAGCUAUGGAUGGAAAGUCGGACGUCGAGGUUCACAGGUACCACGUCCGACAGGUUCUUACAAUCAUGCGAAAGCAUCAAAUGUUUGCCAAUCUCAAGAAGUGUAUAUUUGCAGCAAGCGAAAUACCACUUCUUGGGUGCACUGUUGGUAAGAACGGUGUACGUCCUGAUCCCGAAAAGAUCGAGGCAAUCACCGACUGGCCUGUGCCGGUUGAUGUCAAAGGUCUUCAAAAAUUUCUUGGGCUAGCGGCGUAUUUGAACAAGUAUUCACGCAAUUACGCCGAGAUGACUGUGCACCUCUCUCGUUUGUUGGAAAAGAACGAGAGGUGGUUAUGGAACGCUGAAUGUCAGCGCUCCUUUGAUGGUAUCAAGCAGAGCUUGAUACAAUCCCCAGUCCUAGCAAUUGCCGAUCAGGACAGGCCAUUUCAUGUGGUCUGUGAUGCUAGCGGUUUCGCAAUCGGCUGUGCAUUAAUGCAGUACGAUCUUGAAGGCGUUGAACGCGUCGUCUGCUAUCAGUCGCGUCAGCUGCAACCAGCUGAGCGGAAAUAUCCAGUGCAUGACAAGGAACUCCUUGCCAUGAAUAAACAGCCCGCACCUUCACAACGAAUGGCGCGGUGGUUGUCAUUCUUUGCAGAAUACAACUUUACGGUCGAGUACAAACCAGGACGACUUAAUGUCGUCGCUGAUGCACUCUCACGUCGUCCCGACUUUGAACCAGUCGUGAAACCCAACAGUGAGACAGCCACUGUUGCGGUAAUGACGUCCUCAAUACCAUCUUCAACGUUGUAUGAUGAUGUGAGGCGGGCGUAUGCCCAAGAUGGUGAGAUUAUGAAGUUGUUGACACAUCUCUCACAGCCAUCACGAGAAUCGUUGAAACGAUUGUCGUCUGCGUAUCGAUCUGCAUCAGAUCGAUACAUUACUCGCGACGGUUUACUGUAUUAUACAGCCUUUACUGGUGACACACCACGUGUUGUCAUUCCAGAUGAUACUGAUCUGCGUUUGCGGAUCAUGUUCGAGUAUCACGAUGCUCCUAUAGGAGUACAUCGUGGCCGGGAGAAAACAUAUCUCACGGUGAGUCGAGACUUUUACUGGCCCCGCCAGUAUCAGUUUGUGCGCGAGUAUGUUCGCGCAUGCGAAGUCUGUCAACGAGUGAAGUCAAGUCCUUCACUGCGUGCACCUUUACAGCCUCUACCGGUUCCGGCAGCGAGCUGGGAGUCCAUCUCAAUGGAUUUUGUCUUCGGGUUACCCAAAGACGCACGCGGGAAUACGGGUAUCCUCGUAUAG